AUGGCUCACCUGUCACUUGGGUUACUGGUGGUGUUUUCUCUCAGGAGCUCAGCACUUCUCUCCCAGAAUGACUCAGUGUUCCACCCACGGACGUUUUCUGGUCAUUUUGUAUUGGCCACUGAGGAGCCAGCAGACUAUGUUGACCUGUCACUGAUAGACAGUUUUAGUGAUGACAUGGAGUCUGGCUCCGGGUCGGAUGAAGAGUCGGUGAAAAGAGGUCGCCAUCGUCCCCAGAAGCACUAUUUUGUCUCCGAGGAAGCUAAGAGUUUUCUUCAGGGUCAUCUGACAACAAGCUUUGUCCCAACUGUUUACACAUUCAUCUUCAUAAUUGGUGUGCCCCUCAACCUUGUUGCCAUGGUAAUGUUUGUGCACCACAUUCGUCCCAGAAAACCGGCAGUGAUCUACAUGCUGAACCUGGCCUGUACUGACCUGCUGUUUGGCCUGCUCCUCCCCUUCAAGAUUGCCUACCAUUAUCAUGGCAACAAUUGGACCUAUGGCUCCUUUAUGUGCAGAGUUGUCACAGCAGCCUUUUACUGCAACAUGUACUGCUCUGUCCUGCUCAUGAUGUGCAUCAGCGUUGAUCGUUUCCUGGCUGUGGUUUAUCCCAUGAACUCGCUGACGUGGCGCAGCUCUCAGACAGCUUCAGCUGUGUGUGCUGCCAUGUGGCUUUUAGCCCUCGGAGGAGUGUCUCCUCUGCUGAUCUCAGAACAGACCAUCUAUUUGUCAGACCUUGGCAUCACCACCUGCCAUGAUGUGCAGGAUGUAGAAAAACUACAAGUGUACUAUCGCUACUUCUUCCCCAUCUACUCCUCUGCCUUCUUCUUCAGCCCCCUGGUCUUCACUGUUGUCUGUUAUGUACGUAUUAUCCAGGCCCUGGCAGCAGCCAAUGUGGAGAACCGCUCCAGGAAGACUCGGGCCAUGGUGAUGGCUGUGACUGUGCUGGUGGUGUUUGUGGUCUGCUUCACCCCCACCAACAUCAUCCUCAUGAUUCACUACGUUCCGUUGUCCCAUAGCUCCAGUGACAGUUCCUACCAGGCGUACCUGCUCUCCAUGUGUCUAGGGAGCCUCAGCUGCUGUCUAGAUCCAGUCCUCUAUUACUUUGGCUCCUCUCAGUGCCAGAAGCAGGUGGCAGCACUAUUCAGAUGUAGGCAACUGGCAAGGGCAGCGAGCAGCUCAGAGACGCAAAGUACAAGAAUCAGCAGGCGGACAGACAGCAACAGGUUGUGCAAGAUGGAGAGUGUUCAAACUGGCUUGGGAAGCCAUUACAGCAAGCUGGUGGCUUGAAAACAUAGAC